UCUAUAUGAACUAUGUUCUAAAUGAGUAUAGUAAUAAGUGCAGUGCAAAGAGAUAGUUCGAGUAUUUAGUUGCUGGCUCUACAUGACGGCUUAGAAAAGAUUUGUGCUGAAAACGGAAGAACUUCCAUACUUUAGUAUACGAUAUCAUACAAAUUGGUUUAAAAAUUCUUACGCAUAAAUAAAAGAAAAAAACAUGUCCAGCUUAAUAUCAAUAACUACGCGACGUUUGCCGCACAAUGUACUCUUUUUGGGAAUGCAAGCAGCCCGCAGCCAAGAAGUUAAAACCGCCUCCCUAGUACGCAAAUGUUCCAGGUUAGUGUCGGCAUCAGCAAGUAUAUUGAGGCCAGUUGGUGAGUUAGUCACCUUAAAAGGCGCCAGGCAAGUUUUUUUCUUACGUGUAGUUGACGAUGAUUUUUAUUUUUCAUUUUUUAGGCCCUUUGCUCACCGUGGUACGCAAUAUAUACAUACUUCAGCUGAUCUGUGGAGCAAGCAAACUGUUAAUGUUCCACCUUUUCCUGAAUCUGUUUCGGAAGGUGAUAUUAAGUUCACCACUAAAGUUGGAGAUCAAGUGAGUGUCGAUCAGGUGGUUAUGGAAGUUGAAACUGAUAAAACCGCUGUGCCCGUGCCAGCUCCGUUCAAUGGCGUCAUACGCGAAAUUUUAGUUAAAGAUGGUGACUCAGUGAAGUCUGGCCAGGCCUUGUUUGUGAUAGAACAAACGGCGGGCGGUGCUGCACCUGUUCCAAAGCCUGCUGCAACGCCUGCAGCAAAGCCUGCAGCGGGGGCUGCUGUUUCUCCCCCUAAAUCUGCCGCUGCAAAAUCACCUGCUGCGGCUCCUCCUCAACCUACCGCUGCUCCUCCUCCACCUAGGCCUGCUGCCAGUGCUCCUCCACCAUCACCUCCCAAACCGGUUACACCAGUUGCUGCUAUACCUAGAUCUCAGGCGGCUCAGGUGAAAAUACCGCCAGCUGAUUAUUCGCGUGAGAUUACUGGCACCCGAACAGAGCAACGUGUUAAAAUGAAUCGUAUGCGCCAAAAGAUAGCGGCACGUCUCAAAGAAGCUCAGAAUGUGAAUGCCAUGUUAACAACAUUCAAUGAAAUCGAUAUGAGUGCUGCCAUGGAUUUCCGUAAAAGUAAUUUAGAGGCUUUUACAAAGAAAUAUGGUAUUAAAAUUGGUUUUAUGUCAAUCUUUACAAAAGCAUCAGCUUAUGCAUUACAAGAUCAACCGGUUGUUAAUGCGGUUAUUGAAGGAAAUGAGAUCGUUUAUCGUGAUUAUGUCGAUAUUUCGGUAGCGGUGGCAACCCCUAAAGGUCUAGUGGUGCCGGUUGUUCGUAAUGUUGAAGGUAUGAACUAUGCUGAUAUUGAGAUCGCCAUGGCCGCUUUGGGUGAGAAAGCUCGAAAAGGCGCUAUAACUGUUGAGGAUAUGGAUGGCGGUACGUUUACAAUUAGUAACGGAGGCGUAUUUGGUUCGCUAAUGGGUACACCUAUUAUUAAUCCACCGCAAAGCGCGAUAUUAGGUAUGCAUGGCAUCUUUGAAAGGCCCAUUGCCGUCAAGGGACAGGUUGUCAUACGUCCUAUGAUGUACGUCGCUCUUACUUACGAUCAUCGGUUAAUUGAUGGCCGUGAGGCCGUUAUGUUUUUGCGCAAAAUUAAGGCUGCUGUGGAAGAUCCUAAAAUUAUGUUGGCUGGUCUGUAAAGUGCGAUUCAUUCAGUAGAAUGAAUCGCACUUUCGCUUUCACUAAGAAAGGCAACCUAUUUUUAAAUCAUAUUAAAAUUUGAUAACAAUAAAUUUAGAAAAAGAUUCUCUUUUUAAUAUGAGAUAAAAACAAAAUAAAUAUGAGAUAAAUGCAGACGGACAGUGCAAGAAAGAUUA